GUGAGGAGCGUCUGUCCGGCAGAAAGCGCUCUGACUCGGAGCGGUCCGCCUGCAGGUCGCGGCUGAGCGCAGUUCCUGCGACCCUAAGCGCCCGGAAUGGGCCACUCCUUACGCGCGGCUGCCCUCCUGGCGUUGGUGGUCCUGUCUGUUCUGGUGUCACUCCUCAUUACGAGCCUGAAGCAGUUUGGAUCGGGAUCAACGCGCUUAUCCAACUCCACAGAUCAGGAGGGUUUGGCGUCGCUGCGCAGCGCGCUGGAUCUCCACCUCAGGGAGAGAAGGAAAGAAAUCCUCCCUCUGCUCCUACAUCCUGAUGGCGAUAAGGACAGAGUGUUGGAAGAAGUUCUAGAGCAGAACUAUGGUUUGGACUCCAGUCUGUGGAAUGAGGUGUCUGGUUCUGGGAAGGCGCACCGGGAUCAGAUGGGCUGUGAGUCUCUCCUGGACGUUCGGGCUGUGGAGGUUCUGGGCUCUGGAUACACCAAGCUGGUGGUGAAGGCGAAUCUGGCCGGAGGUCAGUCCGUGGCGCUGAAGCUGGUCAACGAGCAGGGCAUCGACAUGAGCAAGUGUUUGGAGGAUUUCAAAGACCUGCAGGGCUGCAGGGAGCUGGUCUCCUACAAGCUGCAGAAAGAAAUGCUCCUGCUGCAGAGGCUGCGCCAUCCCAACGUCAUCCAGCUUAAGGGCCACUGUUCAGGACUCCAGGGUGGAGAGGGAGUGGAAGGAGGAAGAGUCACAGUCAUUAUGGAGCAAGGCACGCCUCUCCAGAUGAUCCAGCUGCUCCAGACUCCCUGGGAGGACAGAUUCAGGGUGUGUCUGGAUCUGGUCCGGCUCCUGCAUUUCCUCUCCUGGUCUCCUCUGGGCUCCGUGGGGCUGCUGGACUUCCAGCCUCGGCAGUUCGUCAUUGUGUCCGGCCAGCUGAAGCUCACCGAUCUGGACGACGUCAGCACGGAAGAACCCGCCUGUCGGACGGACGCCGACUGCGUGCUCCAGUUUCCGCACAGAAACUUCACCCUGCCCUGCUCGUCUCAGGGUGUGUGCGAGGGCCUAAACGAGAAGAGGAACAUUUAUAAUGCCUACAGGUUUUUUUUCACCUACCUGCUGCCCCACCAGGCCCCACCCGGCCUCACACACCUGGUAGACCACAUCAUGAACUCCACAGGGGAGCUGAAAGCCAACAUCAAUCAAACUCUGGAGGCCUUUGAACGCAUCCUCCUCCUAUACAAAUCAGGCAUUCACCUGGACAACCUGCAUCCUUCAAUACUGAGAGAUUACAGCGUGAUGCGAGACAUGAGCACCUCUGGGAAUGUGGAGUACCGCUGCUGGCCGUCCUACAGCCAGCAGGGCUGCGUGCUGUCCGUCCACAGCGCCAGAGAGGCGGCAUACAUCUGUAACUCCCACUCUCAUUGCAGCAGCUUCAGUCUGACCGGACAGAAGACUUGGACAGGCCGACUCCUCGCUUCAUUCAGGAGCAGCUUUGGCCACCUGGUGCCUGAAGGAGGCUCGGAGGUCUAUUUGAAGAAAAGCAAAGUUCCUCAACCGCCGUCGUCGUGACCUGAAACAAAGCAAUCACAGUGGAGCCAGAGCUUGCGUGAAAUGCAGCCCGUUAUAGGGAAUGAAGCAGGAGCAUCUCGUUUACGCAGAGAACUGAAGCCUCUCUGAGAACAUGCUGACCGCAGCUCGGCCCUGCUGCAUAAAGCCUGCCGAGGCUGUUUGAAGUCGGCAAGUGAAUGUGUUGUAUUUAAAAGGCUUCUGCUCAGCGACUGUUUGAUCUCGCUGCCAGCUCCCUGCCUCUGCCAGCUACUAUUUAAAAGGAUUUCCCUUCAGGUACAAUUAAGGAGGGAGAGUCUUGUACCCUCACUUAUUUGGUUUUUUUCCUUCAUUUGACAUAUGUUCCGGCUUUGGCUGUGCGGUCGCAUCCCCAUAGCAAGGGUUUGAAAGCGGACGCUGAAGCUCAGCGUUAGAAGCCUGUGAACGAGAAAUGAAAACAAGCUUUCAGACAAACAGACUUUGAUAAAGGACGCUGGGGUCGGGGUUGUGUUUUCAUGGUUGUCUAGCUUAAACUGCAAUGAGGUAGUAGGCAGCAACAACCAUGUAAGCAGUUGAACAUCAACACUGGUGCACAGAUAAUUACAAACAUUCCACAGUUGUCUGUUUUUUUUAUGCAUUUGUUUUUUUUUUUUAGCCCUUUGUAUUGUGUUAAUAGAUAUUUAUAUGGUCCAAUGAGAUGUGACUUUUGUUACAUGCUCCUGCAUUAUAUAGUGCACCUUGUGGGUGAACAUUUUAUUUUCAAUGAAAAAUUAUUCUCUUGAGUGUUUUCUUUUUUUAUGCCACACUUGUGACUGUAAUAGUUGUUCCU